CUCACUCCAGAGCUCGCAUUUCUCACGAGCGCGUCUGCUGCUCUUAUUGCGCCGCAUCAGACUCUGCAUUUAACGCAUCUCAAACCCGUCGUUCUGGGUAAAGGCAAACAAAGGCCAGAAAAACAGUGACACUUUCCUAAAAGAUACACGUGAGACUAGGUCGCCUACGCGUUCCAAAUCGUUUCUGCGUGUCUCGCGCUCGGACGCUCCAGACGCGAGCGCGCGUUUUUGCACUGCCUUCGCGCAUCCAGGAGUCUUAAAUCUGGCGGCGAGGACCCGGAGAUGAGCCUGCUGUGGUGGGGGUUCGGUUGGGUUCCGGUGCUGCUCGCGCUUUGGAGGCCCGGAGCCGCUUGCCCCGAGCUCUGCACGUGCAGUGGCGUGCGGAUCUCCUGCGUGGACUACGAGCGUAGUAUCAAGGCUUUCCCCAUGCUGCAAUCCGAGGCAGAGAUGGAGAACAUCACGGACAUAUACAUUGCAAAUCAAAGCAAUUUUACUUCUAUUAAUGAAAAGGAUCUAAUCUUAUACCACAACCUGAGAAACUUAACAGUAACAAACACAAGGCUCACAUAUAUUUACCGGGAGGCCUUUGAGAACAACCAGAAACUUCAGUAUCUAAAUCUCAAGGAAAACAAUCUGUCAUAUCUGUCGUGGAGGACUUUUCGGCAUUUAAACAUCUCAUAUCUAUUGCUAGCAGGUAACCCUUUGCAAUGCUCAUGUGAAAAUGUCUGGCUAAAGCAGUGGAGAGGAGAGGAGGCGGAAGAGCUGCUGUGUGUGCUGGAGGGAGGGAAGAGGAGAUCCCUUUCCACGCUUACACUGCCCAACUGUGUUCUCCCCACUGUGAGUCUCAGUCCCACUAAGAUCACCAUGUUGGAAGGGUAUAAUGUGACGCUGACAUGCAACACAUCAGGAACACCCACACCUAGUCUGAACUGGAACACCUGCAAACUAGAUUCCCGAUACGAGCUCAAACGCUCGGGUCAGAUGUCAGAGAUGAAGCUCCUUGAUGUCUCUUUCCUGGACAAUGGAUGCAAAAUAGCCUGCACAUCUGAUAACAUGGUAGGAGAGACUGAGGCCUCUCUGCAUCUGGACAUACGGUUUGCUCCUGUAAUUAGAAAGCUGAUGGAUGCUAUCUCAGACCACCACUGGUGCAUUCCCUUCAGUAUGUCGGGCAACCCAGAGCCGAAACUAAGCUGGUUGUUAAAUGGUCAACCAGUGGAUGAGGGACACUUCAUUCGAACCAUUAUCCACGAUUACUCAGAAGGCGAAUACCAUGGUUGCUUACAGCUGGACAGCCCAACGCACAUCAACAAUGGACAAUACACACUGCUGGCUAGUAAUGUGCACGGAAAUGACAGCAAGGGCAUUUUUGCUCAUUUCAUGUAUGAGCCGUGGAAUGAAUCCGUUACUGAUCCAGUGUAUUAUGAUCCAACAACAGAUGACACUCCUCUUGGACCACCUGAGGAUAAAGUUGCUGUGUAUGUGGUCGUGGGAAUCGCUGCGGUCACAUUCACAGGCUUCAUCUUGAUGCUUGUCAUUCUGAAGUUUGGACGCAACUCAAAAUUUGGAAUCAAAGGUCCAUCCUCAGUCAUCAGUAAUGAUGAUGACUCUGCUAGCCCUCUUCAUCACGUGUCCAAUGGAUCAAACACACCUUCUUCCUCUGACAUAAAUGCAGAAUCCGUCAUCAUCGGCAUGACCAAGAUUCCCGUCAUAGAGAACCCAAAUUACUUCCAUAGCACCAGCGGCCUUCUCAAAUCUGACACCUUUGUUCAACACAUUAAGAGACACAACAUUGUGCUGAAGAGAGAACUUGGAGAAGGAGCUUUUGGAAAAGUCUUUUUGGCAGAAUGCUACAACCUGUCGACAGACCAGGAGAACAUUUUAGUUGCCGUAAAGACUUUGAAGGAGUCCAGUGAGAAUGCCAGGAAGGACUUUCAUCGUGAAGCUGAGCUGUUGACUAACCUUCAACACGAGCACAUUGUCACGUUCUAUGGUGUGUGUGUGGAGUGCAACCCCUUUAUUAUGGUAUUCGAGUACAUGAAGCACGGCGAUCUCAAUAAAUUUCUCAGGGCUCAUGGACCUGAUGCUGUCCUGAUGUCUGAUGGACAGAUCCAGCAACAGGCAGAGCUCACGCAGUCUCAGAUGCUCUAUAUUGCUCAGCAGAUUGCAGCGGGCAUGGUGUAUUUGGCCUCCCAGCACUUCGUUCACAGAGACCUGGCCACAAGAAACUGCCUUGUCGGAGAAAACCUCCUUGUAAAGAUUGGGGACUUUGGAAUGUCCCGAGAUGUUUACAGCACAGAUUACUAUCGGGUUGGAGGUCACACCAUGCUGCCAAUUCGUUGGAUGCCACCAGAAAGCAUAAUGUACAGGAAGUUUACCACAGAGAGUGACGUCUGGAGUCUGGGAGUGGUGCUGUGGGAAAUCUUUACCUAUGGGAAACAGCCCUGGUACCAGCUUUCAAAUAAUGAGGUUAUUGAGUGUAUCACCCAAGGACGUGUACUGCAGCGACCCCGAACCUGUCUUAAGGAGGUGUAUGACUUGAUGCUAGGAUGUUGGCUGAGAGAGCCACACACCCGGCUCAACAUCAAAGAGAUCCACAACCUGCUUCUCAACCUGUCAAAGGCAUCACCCGUGUACCUGGACAUCCUAGGAUAAUAGAGCAUGUGUUAUAGGUGUGGGACUGCACAUGGAUACCUAAACCUGCCCUCCUCUUGCUUAUCCAUCCCAUCAUCCUUCUCUUCUCCAGAUUUAAGACUUUGUUUUUGCUUUUCCGUGCCCAACACCUGUCUUCACAAUGUAAAUGUGUAGAAAGAUCAGCAACAGGAUCUUGUCUGUUUACAUUAUGACUACGUAUUAUUUAUUUCCGAACAAAAAAUGCAGGAAUGACGAUGCGUACUGGCAAUGGUUUAUGCGCAUCAAGAACAACAUUUCACACAGGUUGACCUUCCUCAACUUCAGGACCAAGUGAACUCAACGGCAUCCUCAAUCAUUACAUUGGUCGCAACUGCGAAUCGAAUUUUGACGCUGGAUUUAAUGUCCAACAUUCAGGAGCUUAAUGAGUGGAAAAAAACAGCUUUUUUCUGCCCACUGGAUUGUUGUCAGAACACAGCUAUUGUUUUUCUUGUACAAUAUCAUGUAAAUGUCAUGUAGUACAAGGCAAAGGUUUGGACACAUCAACUCUUGAUUCACUGGUAAUUUCCAUAUUUUAGGAUAAAGGAUAAAGACUUUAAAACUAUCAAAUAAUUAUAGUAAGAGGUCAAAUCAAAAUCUCAGUCUUAGUCUACAUCUGAGUUCUUCAUUCUGGGAAUGUAGGCAUCAUUUAUUGCUUUUUAUUUAUAGAUAUUUAUUUAUUUGCAAAAUAAGUCUUUGGAUGAAAAGAUGUUUUAAGAUCAAGAGAAACAAGUGUUCAAUCAAGUGUGUCCAAACCUUUGACAGGUAGUGUACAUCUGAUUCUGUACAUCAUGAUAGCCAGUGGCAAAUCGCGAGUGCUGUAUACAGUAUAUAUUCAUAUGACGUGUGUGUUGCUAAAUCUGGGUGUUUAAUUGUAAGCUUUUGGACUCUGACCAAGCAAAUCUGAAAUGACAGAAUGACCCACUAAAUUGUGUUCAGAGCAGUAGAAAUUUCUGUUCUGCUCUCAACACUACAUGCACCAUAGAGGGCUAAAUGGAGUCAUUUGAGAAAAGGCCAUACCUCAAUACUGUCAGUGUGCAUUUACUACAGGAGCUUAAUUAGGCAGAGUGGCCGAUUAUGGCGAGGGCUGAGUUACAACCUCUUUUCGUCUUUCUCAUUCGCCAUGUUUUACUACCAAGUUAAAGCUCUAAUGUAGUACUCAAGCUUUGGGUCACACAACUGCUAUGGUGUAAUAUAUAUUUCAUAACGGGACAAAUGUCUACUAUUAGCGCCAACUCCCUAAAGACUCAUAUAGACUGUCAGAGGAGGGAAGGGAACACCAUGGAGAAAGAGACGGCAAGAGAGGUACAUUCUUAAGCUACAUUCUUUUUCGUUUUAUUGUAUUUAAAACACAGAAUCAGCUUUAUCUCUACGGAGGCUUUAUCCAGACGUCCUUUUGUUUGCAUUGAUAUUUAUUAUUGAACUGUCAAUCUUCACUCCUGGGUGAAACUUUGCACACUGCAUUCAAUGCCACAAUGAAUCAACCACAUUUUGAAGCUGUCUAUUUUGUUGACUGGCUAAAAAUGAUCACAAAUGCAAACUGUGGCUCAUCAGUUUUAUUUCAAGUCAAGUCAACUUUAUUUGUAUAGCACUUUUUACAAUUUUCAUUGUUACAAAGCAGCUGUACAUGACACAUAUUGACUAUAAGCAAAACAUGAAUGUUAUACAACUUUUAAUUGUAAUUUUAGAUUUUAUUAUUUAUUAUUUAUAAAAAAGGAUUUUAUUAUUUCGAUUUUAUUUUGUAGUUCAUGUGAUUGACUCGACUAUUUUAUUUAUAUAAAAUGAAUUACUGAUGUUAUUUUUAUAUUUGGUUGGGGUUGAAUGUAGGUUUUUCUUGGGUAGAGUGUUCUUAAUUAGGAAGAAUUGAUAAAAAAAGUCUGUAUGUAUUGAUUUUAUGGUUUAAUCUCACAAACAUAAAACCAUUUAUGACCUGCAUAAUUUACCAAAAAAUCAAUCAAUCGACCAACAAACAAAAUUAAGCUAACCAGCAAACAAACAAAUCAUAUAUUUGAAGCCACGUUUCUAUGGAAAUAUUUUUUUGCGUUGUGAUUUUUUUUGAAUUGUGACAUUUUAUUCUUGAAAAGUAAGCACAUUUUCUUCCCAAAUCACAACUGUAAUGCUAACCUGGAUAUUGUACUUUCUUGCAGGCAUGCAAAUUUUCAUUCAAACAAUAACUAUAACUUUUUCCACUACAGAAAUAAUAAUUUGUGCUUAGUUGUCAUAGAAAUAAUGUCGUAAUAAAAAAAUCCCUAUGAUCCUAAAAAAAGGCUUCAUUUUCUUUUCACAAUUUUUUAUUUAUUAUUUCUAUUAUUUAAUGGGGAUAUGAUUGGGAACUUACCAAAAUUCAUCUGAACAAAGGAGAUACAGAUUUGGAGGAGUUCUCGGGUGGUUUGGUAUAGCUUACACAAAUAUCCACAAGCGUCCUGAGACGGAACUAUGAACUGUGACUGCAUACUUGACAAGCUCUUUUAAACAAAUGUACAGAACCUCUUCUGGUGUUUCAGAAUGCCUAUAAGCUAAAUUACUGUCCAUCUGCAGGUAUCUUCAGAAUUAAAUUCAGUGUUCUUAAGAGAGCCUUUUCCUUCUCUUAAUACAUUUUCUGACAGCUGGGAAAGGUGUUCUUGACACAGUCCGGAAAAAAAGCUAAAUUGAAUUACAAUGAAGUAUCAAGUAGUGUGUGAUUUCUUUUAUGGAGCUAUACAGUUAUCCUCUCGUCUACAAACGUACAAUCAAACAUUCUUGUCUGUAUGGUUUCUAUAUCUAUACAGUGACAUUCUCUGAAAAAUGAGGAUGAGUCAGAUGUCCUACAUCGUAUUUAAUAAAAGUAUAAUGUCUUACCUUA